AUGCCGUUCUGGAAAAAGCCAUGUCCUUGGCUCGGGGAUAAACAACCAUCCACCCCAGAAGUCUCAGAGGAAACCAAAGAUCCCCAGGUCGAUCUGGUCGAAUCGCAAUCUGCAGACUACGAUGCAGUCGUAUUUUCCAAAAUCAGAGCAACAGAGUGGAUGCGCAGUUGGAAGGGGAGGUAUUUCGUAUAUGCCGGACUCGGCUUGAUCAUGAUCAUCUUGUGA